AUACAUUUUUUAAAACAGCAGGUUUUUUUUUAAUUUGAUUUUUUCUUUUGCUUUUUUUAUUAAAGCUUUUUAUUUUCAAAAUCUGCAUAAUUUUGAACAUUUGCUUUUGCUAAACCUCGAGUCCCCAAUUUUUUCCCCUUCUCUUUCCCUCAUCACCUCCUCUAGACAGCAAGUAGUCUGAUAUGUUAAACAUGUGCAAUUCUAUACAUAUUUCCACAGUUAUGCAUAAGAAAAAUCUGAUUUUAAAAAAAAUGAGAAAACAAAAUGCAGGCAAACAACAAAAGUGAAAAUAUUGUGGCCUGAAUCAUGAUAAUACUCUUACAUACUCUAAAUAGUCACUCCUCUUCUUCCUUAUUUUUGAAAGGUCUUUCAAGUCUCUUCACAAACCCAUGAUUAUUUUUGCCUUCACUUUUUUUCAUCUCCUACUUACAAUUUACAAAAUGUGCCAUCAUUUCUAGUUCAGCAAUCUCUUUAAUCUGUCUACUUGUUUCUAUUCAUUUAAUCACUAUCACAUUCUAGGCUCUUAAGCCUAUCUGCAGAAUAAUUUCACUUCAUUCUCCCUUACUAUUUCCUCCUUGUCAAAUCUAUUUGCUAUCUUUUAUUUUUUGGAUGCUUUUAAAUAAUCUAUUAGCUCUCAUUCAGGGUCUUCUGGCUUUCUGAGAAGCUAAAUAACAACCUGUUGUUGCACAUUUUACUUUAAUUUGUUGCCAUGGCUUACUUUAAAUUCAGUUGCAAGAAUUAGUGAGCCAGCCAGGAGUUGAGUGGGACAAUGGCCCUGGUGGUAGACUCUGAGGAAAUCUUGAGGAUCUCUGGUGGCAUUUUUGCUAAGGGACUUCUUUGUGAGAAGAAGACUCCUCCAUCUCAAAUCUGUCCAAGCCAAGGUAAAGCCUUUGUUAUUGAGGAAGCUUGCAUCUCUGCUUGUUUCUUGUUGUAUUGUUAACUGUGACUAUUUGGCAGUAAUUAUCAACAAUGCAACCUGGAAACCUUUAUUUUUUUCCCUUCAUGCAAAGGCUUCUGAUUGAAGUUGGAGGAUGUUAUGAAGCUUGGGCCUCAUGAUGCCCCUAACAGGAAGUCAUUCUUAAACAUGUGGAGAAUUUUUUUUCUUCAAACAGGGAUCUUCAUUGAACUUUGAGGCAUAUUAAAACUUGAAACAAAUAUUCCCAAUUGGAAAAGAGGUAACUAAAAACUGCAAAACUGACAUGACAUACAAUAAAUGAUCCAAAUCUGCCAUGAAGGCUUUCUCGUGCGUACUGAUUUUGUGUGUUCUUUUAUCUGUUUUGUUGCACUUGCUAGUUUAAUUUUGAAAACAUGUUUUUUGGGCCUGAUCAGCUGAAAGAGAGUAAACAUUUUCUUCAGAAAGGAUUUUUUUUUUUUUUUUAACUCUAGCCAAGUUAAAAAAAAACACAGCUAUGAAGAAAUCUUUAUUUUCGGUAUGCAAAAAUUUAUGGCAUCAUAAAUUGAAGACUGAAAUGUAAUGUCUCUAUUUUGAAUUUUCAAAAUGUUUGAAUAUUUUCAUAAAUGAUGAAAUGAGUUUGGGGUAACAUUAUAGAAUUGGUUUUCAGGAAAAACAAGAAACAACAUGGAAACAAUAAUCACUUUCACUCUUUCUUUGCAGAGUAACAGAAAUUAUUGUUUUAGUGCUGGGAAUGGAGGAAGGGAAGAUGAAUUCACUGAUAAAAGAAAAAAAAUUGCAUUUUUAAUUUAUCUGGCACCUGUUUCCCUCAGCAUAAAAAGAAGAAAGCUUGUUUUUAAAUUCUACAAGUAGAAUGUAAAACUUAAAAUUGGAAAAAAAAUUUGUUCUUCUGCAAAUGGAAUAGUAACUAUGGAGGUAAAGUAGGAGCAAGGUCACUGGAAAAAAAAUUGGAAAAGAUCAUGUUUGUAAGCUCUUAAGAACUCUAAAGGCAAUAAUAUUGCACUUAACUGGGUUAUGUAAAAACAUUUUUUGGUGUGGAAAUUAUAAAGAAGCUUGGUAGGGUCAAGAUUACUUCUAUGCCCUGGGGUAUGAUUGGGAAAUAAAGAUGAAAGAAAAUGAGCAAUUAUAAGGAGGAAAGGAAAGUAUUACAAUUCCAAAGGAAACUGGAUAGGGACAAUUUUGAAAGGAGAUAUGGAGAAAGUAAGAGGGAAAGCUUAAUAGGAUUUGAAAAUGCACAAGAGUUUCAAGUUUUGAUCUCUUUAAGGCAAUAAAUGUUAUAUAGUUAUGAUAUGGUAACUAUCAUAACAUAUUUGCAUCAUGGAAUUAUUUGAAGAUAGUAUACUCAAUUUUAUUUGAAGGACCAAUAGAAAUAUAUAUUAUUAUGUAAGGUAUAUAAAAUCCUUGUGGGUCCUAAUGAGAAUACUACUGUCACUAAAUCUUUGGCAGUACUAUAUGAUAAUGUAUGAUAUCAUUUAUGCAUCCAGAUGUGAUUGAAUUUAUUCUUGUUUCAUGCUUUCUCCUAUUGGGAUAAUUGUGUUCAAGUUUAUUAUUUGGAAUUAAGCUGAUCAAACCUCAGAAAUUUAACUAUGUGACCUUAAGCAAGUUACCUUACCUUUAUCUAUUUUUUUUUUACCUCAGUUUCCUAAUCUGUAAAGGAGAUAAAUCAUAAUACCUAUCUUCCAGGAUUUUCUAAGGAUAAAAAUGAUGAAAUUAAUUUAAAAUGCUUAAAGUAUUGCCUAGCACAUGGUGGUUUAUAUGUAAUGUUAACUGUUAUUAUUACUAGUAAAAUUUAGCUGAAUUACUUCAUAUUGAGUAAUUAUAUUGGGUUUUAAAUGUGAUUAAUAUAAAAUGUUGAUGGUGAUAAAAUUAAUGAUACUUGAUUUGAAAAUGUAUUGAACUCAACUGAUGUUAUCCUUCAAAUAAGUUUUGUUUUUUGUUUUAAAUAAUACGUGUAUGUUAUCGUGUUUUUAGUUUUUCUUAUACAGUGAAUUUUUGAAACCAUGUAAUAAGAAAUGUUAAGGGGAUAAUAUAUCAUUAGAAAAUUUUACUUCUUUUAAGCUGGAUACUGUAAAAUUAUUGAUAAACUUACUAGAAUUGUUAUGUCAAGAUAUACAGACAAGUUGAGAAAUAUUAAUUUUUAAUCAGAGAAUUUGUUGAAAGUUGACUGACACAUAGGAUUUGCAUCCAGAGUGCACAGUAGUGAACAAAAAAAGACAUCAGGCUUUUAUAGGUUUAGUGGAAGCAGGGUUGACAGAAACCAGACAAAAGAUUAGCCUGCUUUCUUAAUCUGACAUCUUUGUGGCUGUUGUUAAGUAAAUACUCCAAAGAUAAGGGCUGGGAGACAGGUCUUGCAUGAGAAGGAGGGUUCUGACAGAAAAGGAGACCAGUCUUUUUAGGUAUGGAAAAAGGAUUUGCCAUUGCUAGGUCAUUUUAAGUUUAGGGGCUUUCUCCCCUUCCUCUCCCCCCAAACCUAGUCUUUGCUGGGAAGAGAGAGGGUAGGGGCAAUGGUCUAUAAUCCAGGUUUUUAUCAUUAUAAUAGUUAAAAUCUAUACAAGUAUUUAACUGGGCAUAUUUUAAAUGGGAAGAAUAAUGCUUUCUAGGUGCAAAAUAGAACAAAGGAAAAAAAAACUUGUAAAAUCUCAUUGUUUAUAAACUUGUCAGGUUCCUUGGGACUAUCUGCUUGGGCAAUGUCAUAGAAUUUUGUUGGUCCUGUGAAAAAAUUGUAAAAUUCUAAAAUAAUUGGUCUAAUGAGAAAAUGGGAUCCCUUCUUUCAUUGCAAACACUGUAUGCAUAUAGAGGGAGAACGUUCCAAGUUUGUUUAUAAUAUAGAACUGAUUUAUGUGAUUUAUGAAUGAAAAUUUUGUAAUUAUUCUUGCAAAAUUAUGUACUUAAGACUAAAUGAAUUCAAUAUGUAACCUAAAAGAUUUAUUUUUACUUUAGGGAUUAAUAGAUAAUAUCUUGAGAGACAUCUAUUAGUCUGGAGAUGUAAAAUAAUUAACCAAUGUUUUUUUUUUUUUUUUAAAUUAAUAACCAAUCCUAUAUUCACUCAUUGGGGAAAUCCAGAAUGUAAUUUUCUCAAUUAUUUUAUACCAGGGUGAGCUUUAACUCAAGAAGAAAAAACCGUUGGGCGAUUUAAAAUUUUUUUUAUUUGAAGGCCUGGUAAAGAUUUUGUUAUUGCAACAAAACAUGAAAGAAAUAACCGUAUCUGGCCCAAGGUGUAAAAUUUUCUAUUUCAGGUAAAAAUCUCUUGGGAUUGUGAUUUGAUUCUGACUUUUGAAUUCAGGUAUAAAUGUAUGAGUGACCAUUGGCUCAGAAAUCCAUCAUUCAAGGGAAUUUUAAGCUACUCAAAGGGAAUGGGAUCCGGGAGGCUUCGAAUGGGAAAAUUUAAGAGCGUGACCAUUUUUGACACAAUUUCCCCCUUUUUGAAUAAGAUAUUAGAUACUCCACACUCCAAACCAGUAACUACUGGUCCUACCUAAAAUCAAAACGAAGAAUGGCCCACACAUUUAUAGAUUUCCCCUUGUGUGUAACGUCAGGAACGCACUUGUAAGUUCCACCUGGGAGGGUGGGGGUGAGGAAUAGAAAAGCCUUAUGUCCGUAUUUUAUGAUUAAACCAAAAAGUGUCAUCUAGGGGGCGGAUGGCAUCGGGCAGCAGCUAGGCUGGACCGUCGCCGCCGCGUUCCGGUGCGUAACAUAAAGGCCCCAGAGGUCCUAGCGAAGUCAGUGCGGGCCUGGAUGGGUUGAGCCUCCCAAGGGACAGAAAACGGGCCCGCUCCGGCUCCGACUGCGUCAUGGGCAGAGAAGGGCGCCGCAGGGCAGGAGGCCGGCCCCCAGCAGCGGGCCACGAGCCCCUCGGCACACCCAGGAGACUGCCAUUUGUCCUCCUCCGAGAGGACCUUGACGCCUGCCUCCGCGCCCCCUAGAGCGAAUGGAAGCCCGCCCCCUGGGGCGAGGGCGGCUAGCCUGGAGGGCGUCGCCGGGCCGUGACCAAUGCACAAGAGCCACUUUAUCGAAUGCUGGGGGCAUCAAGGGCAACUUCAAUGACUUAAGUGCCGAUGUCACCAAGUCAUAAAAUGUUUCAGGCCGGUCACUGACACAAGGCUGCCGAGCCUAACCCUCCCCUAUGGCAGUAGCCGGUUUCGGAAUGAUCCGUCAGGGACAGAGGUGAGGGGGCCGGAACAGGUCGCAGUGAGAGACUAGUUAAGGACGGUCCCCUCCCCUUACUAAGCGGAAUCUUACAACUCAGCGGUGCCUAACUGUGGACGAGGCGUGGUUUGACAAUUCGCAAAAAACAGCAAGUGCCAAAAAGCUUUAGGGGCCGUCUGUUCUUGCAGUCGAUAGCGGGGUGCUCCCGAGCCGAUAGGCCCUUACCCUGUGUGCCUCAGUUUCCUCAUCUGUAAAAUGCACUGGAGAAGGAAACUCCAAAGGCGCCGAAGAGAGACUGAAAGCCAAAAUACAGAAAUGUUUUGGUUCCUCGCUACUUCCGGUCUAGGCAGGCGCCGACCCGGCGCCGCUAAACGCAGUUCCUGAGUCGCCGUGAGUCGUCACGGAAUCUGACGUCAUUCACAGGCGCGAGGGAUGACGAGCGAGGCGAUGAAGUGAGUACGCUGUUUCAUGGCGUCGGGGGGGCGGACGUGCCCUGCGUUUCUCUUAGUGCUUCCUCGCGGCUGCAGGCGCUGAGCACUGUGGGGCCGAGGGCGGGGCUGAGUCCCGUUCCAGGGCUGUCCAGCUGAGUAUGGCGGGAGGUGGGAUCCCAGCGCUGCGGCCGGGCUGUCAGGCCAGUCGGACUGCGGCUCUCGAAUUAAAAUGUACAAAUUCCCCCAGUAUAGUCACGUGAAGGAACUUUAAGUAUGGUAUUCCGGAACGGGAAGGCCGGAGGGCGUAGAGGAGGAGAUAGGGCCUUGCUCGAGACCCGCCGGUCUGCAGGCUUUCCGAAUGGUGGCGGAGCAGCGCCAAGACGGGCCGAAGUCUUAACUCUGAGGCCCCUGAGCUGUAAAUGUAACCCCCUCCUCGGCCCCCCAGACUUAUUAGGGGCUGUCGGCUUUGAGGUCCGAGAAGUAAAGGAAGAAAGAACAUAAAAAAAUCCUGCAGUCCCGCUUUCCAGGCCUCGAAAGCCCGGAGCCACGGGCUCGCGCUGUCCCCUAAUCCCCUGCCUUCGGCCGGGUCCUCGCCGCAGCACUGCCAGCAGCUAUAGCGACCUCCACUACCCUUUCCCCGGACCUUAACCAGUGCGGCCGCCGUCCGGACCGAUUUCGGAUUUAGCUACCUUUAUGAGGGACCGGGGAAAGGAGGAAGCCCGCCCCGCCUCGCGCUCUCCCUUCCUUAACCUUAGUUAUGAAUGAGGCCCGGCCUCGGCCCCACUGAGACCUAGAAAAGACGGAGAGCUCUCGGCGUCCCGACCUGGCCCCCUACCCUGAGGGCGUGGAGGGGAAAGGCCGGCGGACCCCGCGCUCCCUCUCUGAGGUCAGUGAGAUCCUCUUGGGGAACACGGGGCUAACCGCUGUCGGAGCCUUGGAAGAGCUAGCGAUUGCUCCGACUCUACUGUGCCGCUCGGAGAAGCUCAGCAAUUCGGGUUGUCUCUAUCAAAGGAAGCUCGAGCAGGGGGAAUGAUUAGAAGUCAUUCCGAGUUUGUGUCAGUCUCCUGUUAAAUACAAUUUUUAGUUAUAGUGGAAUCGGAUUACUAAACAAUACUUGUUAAAGGAUGAAGAAUUGAAAAAAGUUGUUUACCUCAAAUAGAUGUUACAUUCUUAGUAUAAAUUAUGUAAAAUCAUCCCCGAUUUUUUUCCUUUUCUUCACUAUUCAGGAAAUCAAGUUUCUGUGAAAAUGACUCUUCAAGGAAUGGUGCUUCAAGCUGCUGCUCUUUAUUCUGACCAAAUAGCUGUAUGUUUUGAUGGAUGUAAUAAACAAGAGCCAGUUUAUUAUACCUACAAAUCGAUGGUUAAUUUUGCUUCCGAAUUAUCUAGCUUUUUGCAGUCAAAGUGCAAAUUUGAAGAGAUUCGUCAAAUUGGGCUUUACUGCUAUCCAGGAAUAAAUUUACCAUCUUGGAUUUUGGGAAUUCUUCAAGUCCCUGCUGCAUAUGCUCCUGUUGAUCCAGAUAUACCACCAGAGUUAUCAACCUAUUUUAUGAAAAAAUGUAAUCUCAAGUAUAUCCUUGUUGAAAAAAACCACAUCGAUAAAUUCAAAUCUUCACAUGCAACUUGGUUAAAUAAUGUCAUCACAGUAGACUGUACUGAUUUAACACUUUUUGAACUUCACUGGAAUGAGAUUGAUGUGAACUUGGCUCUACAUGCUAAAAAAGAGAGCAAUAGAAAGGAAACAAUGAAGGAUUGCAUCAAUUUUUUGAAUGGCAAUGAAGAAAACGAAAAAGAAUGCAUGGAUGUCAGAUUGCCACAUUGCUUGGCUUAUGUUCUGCAUACAUCAGGAACUACAGGAAUCCCCAAGAUUGUUAGAGUACCUCAUACAUGUAUAGUACCAAAUAUUCAAAAUCUUCAGACACUUUUUGAGAUCACACAUGAAGAUAUUAUUUUCAUGGCUUCCCCUUUGACAUUUGAUCCAUCUGUUGUGGAGAUGUUUCUUGCUUUGACAAGUGGAGCAACUCUGCUUAUAAUUCCCAAUGCUAUUAAAAUGCUGCCAUCAAAAUUAGCUACUGUUCUAUUUCACCAUCACCACGUGACAGUUCUCCAGGCUACACCAACACUGGUUAGAAGAUUUGGAUCUCAGCUCAUCAAGUCAUCUAUUUUGUCGGCCACAACUUCACUUCGUGUAUUAGCCCUGGGUGGUGAAGCCUUCCCGCCACUGAGCGUCCUCAGAAGCUGGAAGCAAGAAGGCAACACGACUCAGAUAUUCAAUCUCUAUGGUGUCACAGAGGUAUCCAGCUGGGCAACAUGCUACAGGAUUCCAGAAGAGGAUUUGAGCUGCACUCUGGGAGUCGAGUCCCCUGUGCAUUUGGGAUUUCCAUUGCUCGGAACAAUAGUCGAAGUCAGAGACGCAAAUGGUUUGACAGUUCAAGAAGGCGAAGGCCAAGUUUUUUUAGGUGGUAAGAAGCGGGUAUGCUUUCUUGACGAUGAAAUAACUGUACCUUUUGGUACAAUGAGAGCAACUGGUGAUUUUGUUACUGUGAAAGGUGAAGCAAUGUUUUUCUUGGGACGACGAGACAGUCAAAUUAAACGUCACGGCAAACGUAUUAACAUUGAAUGUAUACAGCAGGUUGCUGAAGGAAUUUGUCAAGUAGAAUCCUGUGCAGUUAUAUGGUAUCAUCAAGAAAGAUUAAUUCUGUUUGUGGUGACCAAAGAUGAUUUAGUGAAGGAUGGUAUUUUAGGAGAACUUCAAAAGCAUCUUCCAGGUUAUGCAGUUCCAGAUGACAUUGUGGUGAUUGAAGCCUUGCCAUUUACGUCUCAUGGCAAAAUCGAUAUGUCAAAGUUAACCAAGAUUUACUUUAACUACAUAAAUUUGAAGUCUAAUGGUACUCUGAAAGGAAAAGAAGAACUAUGGGAAAGAUUACAGUACUUGUGGAAGUCCUCUCUGAGACUUCUGGAAGAUCCUUUGGAAGUUUCUAAAGAUUCACUCUUCCUUAGUAAUGGUGGUGAUUCCUUAAAGUCCAUUUGGCUCAGUAAUGAGAUUGAGACUCUGGUAGGUAGAUCAAUACCUGGUCUUCUAGAAGUUAUCCUCAGUUGCUCCAUCUUAGAUAUAUACAAUCACAUUCUCCAAGCAGUGUUUCCAGAUGAAGAUACACUACUGAAUAGGAAUUACUGUACAAAAAGAAAAUUCAGUGAAAUGAAUAGAGGAGAAAUAAGUGCCAAAUACAUAGAUCAGAAGUCUGGAAGGCCUGUGAAUUCUGGCAAAGAGCAGAAUGCUUUUAUUGCAUUGAGCAGAGGAAAUCAGAUUUUAUUUGUUAAUGUCUCUGAGUCUUUAAAGAAUUCCCUAAGUAUGGGACAGACAGGAACUCAGUUAGGAAAAAAUCCUUCAAUAUCUUCUGAUUUAAUUUCAUCUGAGGAGACCAUUUUUGUUCAAAAUGUGACAAGCAAAAGCCCUUUAACCGUUUCCAGGAAGAUGAAUGGUACAGAAGAGAUCAGCUCUAUGUCAGCAAUUUCAGAAGAUGAGACUUCUGUGAGAGCCUCUGAGAAAAUAAAGUUCUGUGUCAGAUGGAAGUCCAACACUGGCAAAUGUGUGGAUGCUUCACCUCUCAUUGCAGUAUUACUUCUCAGUCAAUCAUCUGCAACUGUCUACAUUGGAUCCCAUUCUCACAGGAUACAAGCAAUUGAUCUCUAUUCUGGGAAAGUAAAAUGGGAACAGAUUUUGGGAGAUCGAAUCGAAUCCUCAGCUUGUCUCUCUCCUUGUGGAAAUUUCAUUAUAGUGGGCUGCUAUAAUGGCUUAAUUUAUGUGCUCAGAAACAAUGAUGGAAAAAUACAUUGGAUAUUUGCCACCAAGGAUACUGUUAAAAGCUCUGCAACAAUGGAUCCAUCCACAGGUCUCAUAUAUGUGGGAUCUCAUGACCAUCAUGCAUAUGCUUUGGAUAUUUAUAAGGAGAUCUGUGUUUGGAAGUCACAUUGUGAAGGAACUGUCUUUUCUUCACCAUGUAUAAGCCUCGCACCCCAUCACUUAUAUAUUGCUACACUGAAAGGACUUCUAUUGGCCUUAAAUCCUGCUACUGGAAGUAGAGUUUGGACACAUUCCUGUGGAAAACCUCUUUUCUCUUCCCCACAAUGCAACUUGCAGUAUGUGUCUAUUGGUUGUGUGGAUGGGAAUUUGUACUGCUUUAACCACAUGGGACAACUGGUCUGGCAGGUCUCUACUAAUGGACCAGUUUUCUCAUCCCCAUGCAUCUCUGAUUCAGUGAGGCAAGAAAUCUUUUGUGGCUCCCAUGAUCGCUGUAUCUACUGUUAUAAUACAGAAGGACAUUUCCAAUGGAAAUUUCAGGCUACCGCAAGUAUCUAUGCAACGCCAUUUACUUUCUAUAACCACAAUCUCAGUAGUGACAUGUUGCUUGCAGCAGCAUCUACUGAUGGCAACCUGUGGAUCUUGGAUGCUAAAAGAGGACAGCUACAGACUGUUUAUAAGCUUCCUGGAGAAGUUUUUUCAUCUCCUGUGGUCUGGCAAUCAAUGCUCGUUGUUGGGUGUCGAGAUGAUUAUGUUUACUGUCUGGAUUUGUUGACUGUUGCUGAAAAAUAACCAUCCUGGAUCCCUUCUUCAGUGUUUUUGUCAGUACCCGAUGGAUAGAAAUUAUUUGUUUUACAGGUACAGAAAGAUGGGCCUAGACGCUGUCCAUAUCAAAGAUAUUUUGAUUAUUAAAUGAUUAAUCAGGGAAUUUUUGAAUGUCCUUUGUUUUACAGGUCAUGAUUAUGAGCUGCUUACACAUAUCAUACUAAUAGUUCUAUUUACCACUGGGUAUGUCUGCCAUUAGGUAUUUCAGUUAAAAAAAAAAUCUUGGGUCUAGAAAUAAAGAAUUGAGUGACUUGUCCAAAGUCACAAAGAUUAAGGUAGGGAAUGGAAAGGAAAAUAGAAUCUUUGAUUCCAAAUCUAGUCUUAUUUUUCUGUACAUUAAAAAUGUUUUGUCUUUUUACUUCUAUUGUACAUAAUUGUUUAUUAAAAUGCUCAUUGAAUUGGAUAACAUGACAUAGGAUACUUAAUGAGAACAAGUUGUUUGUUUGCUGUCAUGCUGCCUAUCUUUUCUCAGUGAGGUUUACAGCACACUUGUAUUUUUAAUGUUUUUACAAGUGAACAAGGUUCCUAUAUUAGGAAGUAAAAUGAUCAGAUGAUUUUGUUUAACCUCCUCUCUUAUCAUUUUCCCUUCCCUGAGCACAGUGAUAAGUUAUUUUCCUAUAGACUUUAAUUCUUAACUCUUAAUUUGACGUAAGGGUUAUCUUACAUAUCUUUUAUGUUAACAGUGAAAAAAUUUUAAUUAAUAAUUUCUCAGUUAUUUUUCCUGAAAACCCAGCAUAUGAUUCAAAGUAAUUUCCUAACAAAAUACCUAUGAAUUAACCAUAGUAGUGACUUGAGUAUUAGUUAUAGGGCCUCCUGCUGGAUUUUCUUUCAUCCCUUAAUUAAAGAAUCCAAUAUUGUGAAUAAUCUAGUCUGUACACCAAAUACUCUGUAAAGCCACAAACAUUAGGUUGGAUUUGUUUUUUUGGUAGCUACUUUACCAAGUUCUUGAAUUCGUCUCUUGUCCAUGUUGGACGAAUUCCUGUUGGGAAUACAAAUCAAAUUUCUUUUUACUGCUAAAUGCUUAAACUUUUUUUUUUCUACAACCAGUGAGAACUAUAAUGAAAUAAUAUCUAAAAUGAAAAUAUUCCAAAAUUUUCUAGUUCAACAAGUGUUAUAAGUAGAUUUAAUGAAAUUCCAUUUUCAGUGAAAACACUAGAUAAAAACUAUAGUUUGAAAUGAGAUUGUCUUGCUACUGGAGCACUUACAGAUUUUUUUUUAUUGAAAGAUCUUCUCCUUCCCUUUCCCCCCAACCAUAACGGAUGAUUUACAUUAAAACCAUAUACAACUGAAAUCUAUAGUUAAUAUUAAAAUUACAGUAAUGUAUCUUUUUAUCAUCUCUUGACUUGAUUUUGUUGGUAAAAACAUUGCUGGGCACCUGUAGCUUUCUAAAGAUUCUGCUUUGAAAUAAGUAAAACUAAAUAAGAGACACAAUUCAUACUGUACAUUUGCUGAUAACUGACUGGAUUAUAAUUUAGUAGGAAUUAAUGUGUAUAAGAAACAAUUGUACUUGAAAAAUUAAAAAAGUAAACAAAAACUCA